AUGACUACCAACAACGAAUACAACUAUGACUUUUCCGAUACAACACAAACCGACGAAAACGAACAAUCACUGGACCUGACAGAUGAAAAAUGCAGCGAUGCAGAAGGUGAUACUACCGGCAGGAAUUCAGCGCAAAAGAGUACAAAACUGGUUGCAGCUUUGAAGGACACAAGAACAUCCAAGGGUGGAUCCAGCAGCAUUAAGGACGAACGUAAAUGCAGCAAGUCUGAUGACGAUAAAUCAAAGAGAAAAGAUGAGAAGUCCGGCGACAAAAAGGAUAAAGACAUUAGUGAACAAAAAUCAUCUUCAAACCAGAUUUCGCAGAAGGAUGACAAAGAAAAGUCUUCAGUGAAUAUCUCUACAAAAUCGUCGUCCACAGGAAAGCAGACAACACCUUCACCUCAACAAGUGUCGCCAAAACACGUGUGGAUACAACAAAAAAAUGAAGACAAGAAGAUACAAGACACAACUUCUACGACGAGAGACGACAAACGUAAAACUAUUGAUACAAAGAAGGACCAUGCAUCAAAGAAACCUGAAGUGGAAAAGGAUGAGCAACGCGAUAAAGAAAAGGAGAAGGACCAUAUGAAAGACGUAAAAGUAAAAAAAGACGUACAUAAAACUAUUGAAAUAGCCGAAAUAGAUCUAGUUGGAAAAGCGGAUGUAGUAACAACCAUUUGGGAGUUACUAAUACCAUGGCAGCUUGCGUUAACAAACGAAACGUCGAUUACAAUCUGCGUCUCCGAACGCAAUCAUAAUGUACCGAACGUUGUAUCCUCCAUUAUGAAUCCGCUGAUAGCUCCAUCAAAAACCGUGAAGGGCGUAUCAUUUGCAAACGUCCUAAAAUCAGGCCUAGGAAAACUCACAACUACAGUAACAACGAGUCUUAUUGAGCCUCAAGAACGGCAACCCUACGUUCAAUCCGGUAGUCAAUCGAAUAUCGAAGCAAUGAUAGCGUCAAUGCAACAUAGCAUGAUGAACUUCAUAACGUUCAUGCAGAACACAAUGCAAGACCGCAUGCGAAAUCAAAACACACUGCAGCAACUGCUUGCCAACCAAAGUUCAAAAUAA